AUGGACUACGAGGGGUGGCUGCAGUUUCAGCAGGGCCUGUACCAGAUCGUGAAAGACCCUCUGUUCGAGUUAGCCAUCACGGUCUGUAUCGUGCUCAACACGAUGUUCCUCGCUAUGGAGCAUCACGGGAUGAGCGAGAAUGUACUGAGGGCUUUAGAUAUAGGGAAUAAGGUUUUUACAUCAAUUUUCACCUUCGAGUGCUGUCUGAAGAUAAUGGCGCUUAGUAAGGACUUCUUUUACUGUGGCUGGAACAUUUUUGAUUUGAUCAUCGUAUCGGCCAGCCUUCUAGAUUUGAUCUUCGAACUAGUGGAUGGACUGUCGGUGUUGAGGGGGCUUCGCCUCCUUCGAGUUCUGAAAUUAGCGCAAUCAUGGAUAACUAUGAAGGUUUUGCUCAGUAUAAUUAUAAGCACAAUAGGAGCCUUGGGAAACCUAACGUUUGUAUUAGUUAUAGUUAUUUACAUAUUCGCCGUGAUCGGGAUGCAGCUGUUUUCAAAGGACUAUACGGAGGCUAAAUUUCAUCCGGAUCCUGUGCCUAGGUGGAAUUUCACAGAUUUUUUUCAUUCCUUUAUGAUGAUUUUUCGUAUUUUGUGUGGAGAAUGGAUAGAACCGUUAUGGGAUUGUAUGAGGGCAGAAAAAACAGAGGGUCCAGGGACGUGCUUAGCAGUUUUUCUUCCAACGUUAGUGAUGGGCAACUUCAUGGUGCUUAACCUGUUCUUAGCUUUGUUGCUCAACAGCUUCAAUUCUGAAGAACUGAAAACGAGGAAGGAGGAGGUGGGCGAUGAAUCUAAAUUGGCGCAAAGCUUCGAAAGGAUACGGGAUCUAAUCAGGAAAAGGAAAAUGGAGAAAGAAAACGAAAACAACUCCAGGUUAGAACAAAUUGUGAGGGAAGUGAUGGCGAGGCAUGCUGAAGAGGAAGCUCUCAAGGCAGAGCAGCAAAAAGUGAUGGGGUUUCCUAGAGAUAAAAGAAGCUACCAAGAAGCUAUGAAUAGGCCCAUUUCUAUAAUUAGUUAUGACCCUCCUGAAUAUCAGGAAAGGAUACCUGAGAAUAAGAGCGAAAGAAAUUAUCAAAUUUUGUAUAAUACUUCACAGGAUGUCAAUGUUAGUGAGAAAAAAAAGGUUGACUCCAAACUCUUGCACAACAUGUCUUCAGGGAUAGAAACCACAAAUAGUAGUAAAGACGAUGCAACUGAAGGCAUGCAGAAACAGGAUCCUGCAGACAACAAAAGUGAGAAAACCACAACUGACUGUGAUACUAAAUCAGAAAAUAAAAAUAAAAGUAGCGUUAACGAGAAACCUUGGGCGACCUUGGUUUCGUAUGUAGAUGAGCUGACUGUAGGCGGUAGGAGGAACUCGAAGGGACAGUUCAUUGAUGGUAUGGGCGAUUUUCCUGGUUUCGGAAAGAAAAAGAAAAAUAGGGAUGCGCCUCCUUGUUUUCCGUUGAAUUUUUACGAAAGUAAUGAUAGCGUGAGGCCCAAUCGCCUUGAAAGGCAUUUGAAGCAACAACAUCCUAGUCUGGUUUUGAAGACGAAAGGGGUUUUUUCUUCUAAAGCAGAAUCACUCAAGCGGAUGAGACUGGAUAAAUCGGGAAGUUAUCACACAGGUGUAUCGCAGCAUCUCAAAGCUUCAUUUGAAAUAGCUUUUAUGAUAGCAAAAGCAAAAGAAACGUCAUACUAUCGGUGA